AUGGCCAUCCUGUGGACCUUUGCCCUUCUCUGUGCUUUGCUGGAAGCCACCUUGGUCCCAGCCACCCUCAGCCCCCCUGCAGAGCUAGUCCUUGGCCCAGAAGUCAUCAAAGAAAAGCUGACCCAGGAGCUCGAGGACCAUGGUGCCACCACCAUCCUCCAGCAGCUGCCACUGCUCAGUGCUGUGCGGAACAAGCCAGCCAGGGGCUUCCCGCUGCUGGGCGGCCUGGUGAACUCCUUCCUGAACUACGUCAUCUGGCUCAAGGUCACCUCCGCUAACAUCCUCCAGCUGCAAUUACAGCCCUUAACCGAUGACCAAGGUCUGCUGAUCAAGAUCCCCUUGGAUAUGGUGGCUGGAUUCAACACGCCACUGGUCAAGACUAUCAUGGAGUUCCACAUGGAGACCGAGGUCCAGGCCCUCGUCUUGGUGGAGACCAGCCUGAAUGGCUCCAAUAACCUCAUCCUUAGCAGUUGUGCCAGCAGCCGGGGCAGCCUGCACAUAAGCCUGCUGAACAAGGUCUCCUUCCUGGCCAACUCCUUAGCAGACAAGGUCACGAACCUCCUGGUACCAGCCCUGCCCCAAAUGGUGAAAAAGAAGCUGUGCCCCGUGAUCGAGGAGGCCUUCAAGGACAUGUACGCAGACUUCCUGAAGAUGGCGAAGGCACCGAUUUCCCUCAGCCCUGGACUGCUGAACUUUGACCUUCUGUCUUCCACCAUCACGGGCAGCAGCAUCCAGAUGGACCUGCAGGUGAGCCACAUUACUGACUCACAGGCCAAGGUGACCAAGUGGUUCAAUGACUCCGUGGGCCCGGCAUUGCCCACCCUGAACAGCAUUUUCAGCCUUGCCAUCAGGCAGGACGUGGUGAGCGCCGUGGUGGCUGCCAUUCUCCCUCCAGAAGAGCUCCUGGUCCUGCUCGACUUUGUGCUUCCAGAUCUGGCCCAUGAGCUUAAGUCAAGAAUCAAGGUGAUCAAUAAAACGGCUUCUGAUAAGCUGGGACCCACCCAGAUUGUGAAGAUUGUUACCAGGAAGCUCCCCCAGCUCUCUCUGAGCCAGGAUGACGCCAAGUUGGCCCAACGGAUCUUGCUGGAAGUGUUCGCCACCAAUAAAGAUGUCCGGCCCUUCUUCACUCUGGGCAUUGAAGCCAACUUAGCAGCUCAGUUUUACGCUGAAGGGGACUGGCUUGUACUCAACUUUAAUGACAUCAGGUAACGUCUCGAUCGGAUCCGCCUCAUGAUCUCGGACAUCGGCCUGUUCAAUCCUGAAGUCCUGACCAGCAUCCUCACAAAGAUCCUCUACUCUUCCCUGCUGCCAAAUGAGAAUGGCAAAUUAAGACCUGGGAUCCCAAUAUCGAUAUCGAAGAACUUGGGAUACAAGACAGCUUUGUGGUCUGUGACCCAGGGCGCCCUCGUGCUCACCCCAGCCUCCGCCUAG